CGCCUCUUCUCUCAUUCGCCACUCGUCGGGAGAGCAAAACAAAAUAAGAAAUACAUAUAUUUUGGGGUGAAUAGGAAAUUGUUCCUGCACCCAUUCGCGCCAAAUCCGCGCCAGGAAAUGAAACCGAAAACGCGAGACUAGGACCAAGUUGGGGACAGACCACACAGUCGGACCGUUGAGGACACGGCGGCGUGCCUCCGCUCCACCAUUUUGUUUUCCCCCACACCUCGUGUGCACUUUUUGUUCGUGUGCGUGUCUGCAGUGUUUGUGCCAGGCAGAGUGCUCCCAGAAUGCCUGUAAAAUGUGCGAACCCCAUCCCGAGAGACACUUUUCGUAGCUUCGACCAGUGAACCAUGGAGCGGCCAUCCCCGGAAGCGGCGGCCUCCUUCAGCGAAGCACGGAAACAGAUCUUGGACAUCGCCCGGAACCGACCUGGCACCCAGGUGGCCAAGUGCAUCCUCGCCUACGACGAGCAGCUGGACCUCGGCUCGCUGAUCCUCCUGCUCGAGGAGCUCUCCAAGAACACGGACUACUCCACGGACCUGCGGAUAUCACUGGCAUAUUACAUUGAGGAGCUACUGCGCCACUGCCUAGGAAGCAACCAUGUCUCCCGGCGAUCGGCCAUUGUGGCGGCGGGAAGCGCCCUCCAAUUCUGCGGCAAGAUCUACGGGGACCGCGUGGAGUACAUGUACCAGGUGGUGGAGCACCAGAUCGAGGCCCUGCUCACCUCGGAGCCGCAGAAGGAGCCGCCCAGCGGCAGCGACGGAGCGGAAAACAAUUCCCCCAAGCCGGAGGAGCCACGCAAACGCCGCGCCAAGAAGCUGACCAAGAAGGAAGUGGAUCCCUAUUUGCUCACCGUGGAACCGCGGAAGUUCAAGACGAUGUCAGACGAGAAGCGAUUCAACCAGAUGGGCUUUGUGAAGUGCACGCGGAAUCGGACGAUAGAGUACCUUUAUCAGGAUCACACGCCGCCCAACCUGUGGAGACACGCGCCCAUUGUGGAUCCCCACAAUCCCUACGACCAGGACGAGAAGAAGCAGUACAAAAUGUUUACGUAUCAUGUGGAGCAUCGAUAUAACACGCUGCUGCCGGACAUUCCCUUCGAGCGGUUAAAUCUGAUCAAGGAAUAUGUGCAUACGAAUCAAGUCAACACCGCUGAGAUACUGAACGAGCACAUGACCACGAAGGACUACCUGGACGAGUACAUUGCGCUGGAAAAUCAAAUGCUGGCCGCACGCUAUGGAGCCACCGUGAGGACGAGAAGAAGAAUGGACGAAUCGGGGAAACGAUCACUGCCUGGCACUUCGGAAACGGAGCAGGCGAAAAAAGUGCGACUGGAGGAAUGUGAGCCCAUGGAUACCGAGGAUAUUGCACCUGCUGAAGAAAUGGACAUCGAUUUACCGAUGACGGAGGAGAACAAUCUGACCACAGGCGAUGGAUUGCAGAACCAGAUAUCAGUGGAUUCGGGACUGGGAGAAUCAAUGAACACCAGUCAGGAGGACAGCACCAUCAAUGCCACGAUGGACACCAGCCAGGUGGAGAAUUCCACGUUAGGCGCUAGCCAAGUUGACUCCGCUCUAAGCGAAAGUCAAGUGCAGGACUCUUCGCUAAGUGUCAGCCAGGUGGAUAACUCCUUAAGUGUUAGCAAAGUGGAGGAUCCACCGCUGAGCAGCACGUUGGCCACCAACGAGUCUAGUGUCUUCGACACCACGGGACUGGACCUGCCACCGCCUAAGGACGAAUCUCUCGAGGAGCUGUUGAUGUCGCAAAUCGAUUCCGGGAUCGGUAUGGAAGAGGUUUCCGUUUCCUCCCACGUGCAUACAGGCCAGUCUUUUGACGAUGAAGGUGUUGUUCUUUCAGAUGUAGAAGAUCACCGCCAUCUGACGGAGCUAGUAAUCCGAUCGGAAGACGUGGAAGCCAAGACAGUUGACAUUAUGGAGAUGGGUGAAGAUGUGGCAGUGAAUGUUCCCAGGGAGGUCUGCUACCCCAUUCAGUUGAAUUUUAUGAGGCUUUCUCACAAGGCCCUGCGCCGCAAAUGCUUCUUUAAACUUCCGUCAGAGUUUGACUUGUUCAAGCAGGCGCGUCUUCCUGCCAGGCGAGAAGCCCAACCAAAGCCUCCAACCGCUAGCAGAGCUCUGAAUUUGCGGACAGAAAAAGGAACUCUCCAAACAAAGGAAAGAACGCCCGAGUCUCCCGAUAGCUUAGAGUUUGACGAGGAGUUUAAUUUCCUGGGCUUUCGUCAACGUCGACCCACAUUUGACUCCGGUCUGGAUGUUGAGGACAUGCGAGCUGGUUCAGGCGCUGUCUCUACCAUCGGAGAAGUUAAAGUUGAGGUGGAAGACCCCACUGAAAACCAGGCGAAUAAGGCAAUCAACGAAACUAUGGCCGAAGCACUAGAUGGGACCGUAAACAUUAGAAUGGAGAGCGAUUUGGGAGAGUCAAUAUUCUCUGAGCUAAACGGCACUACUGAACCCACAACGGUGAACCCAAGUGCGGAUUCCUCGAAACUGGAUGUGACUGAAAACUCCGGAACGGAAAGCGCAUUGGAGGCUACAGCUAACUCGGGAAUGGAGAGCGGAUUAGAGACUACAGCGAACUCGGGAAUGGAAAGUGGAUUCGGAGCUGAUAUAAGUUCUGAGCUGGACACCACCGCUGAGCCAAAUGCAAUGGACAGCGGAGUUUUAGAUACCGGUCAACUUGAAAAUUCAACAUUGGAGAUCGCCACGCAGCUAGACGAAACAACCUUAGAUGACACAGCAACACCGAAGGACUUGCCUGCUAAUAUCCCAGCUCAAGAUGAUGAUGGGGUACAGGAUGCGGGUAUCGAGGACUGCGAUGAUUCAAUAAGAUCCGAAUCGCCCUUGGAAAAUGAUAACUCCUAUAUCCCUGAUUCCAGCUCUAUGAUUCGAGACUGGCAUAGAAGAUUGGCCCCCGCGUUGGAGGCAGCUCAUGAACGGCAGAAUUUUAACAUCAAAGACCUGGGCACUGAGAUCUUGGAGGUUUGCAAGGCGGGCAAUGGAACAGCCACGUUAGCUGACGUCAUGGCUGACAAGGAUCCUAGUACCAUGUGUCGCUACAUGCUGGCCUCACUAGUACUGACGAACCACGGGAACGUGUCCUUGCAUUUUGGAAGUCGCGAUAAAAGUAAGCCCAUCGAAAUGUCUCAGUUUCACAUGAAGCUGAAGAGUACGCUGCGAAUGGAAAUCCAUCCCGAGGAUGACGUGGGCAACAUGAGUGCAGCCAAGAGUAAAUCGGCGCAAAAGACGGUGAAUAGCAGUAUGAAGGCCGGGCCGAGCAAACCGGUGCCUGUGAAAACCAAACGGAAGUCCACGGACAUGGCUUCCCCCGAGGUGUUUGCAAAAACUGUGCGUUUGAUCCAGCCCAUCCCAAAGAUGAGGCCGACUCCCUCCGAUGCCGACUCGGGGAUAUCUUCGAUGGGCUCUUCAUUGGCAUCGGCACCCCGGUUGAAUUAGUAGUAGUCUUGUGCCCGUCCUAAAUGUAUUGAUUAGUUAGAUAUCCAAGCUUCUGUGUAGAUUCAUCGCGUCCAGUUUUAGUAUUUAGUUUGUGUGCCCCCCUAUUCGAAUUAUGUAUGUAAAUCUUUAUAUUAUAUUAUUUUCAGGCCCAGCGAACAAUGCACUUUACGCAGCAGUACAACAAGAUCAAGAGGCUGCGCUUAAUCUAAGACCUUGCCAGAUAUAGGAUUAUUAUUCAUUAAUUACGUUGAAGUGUAGGUUUCGGCUGCCUGCUUUUAACGGGCUUGCAAUAGUAUCCUUUGAUUUAAGAUCUUGACGCAAUAUGUGUUUAGAGUAGGGAAUAAUAUUUGUACAAAAUUUAGUUUUAGCUUCCUAGGCAGACUUGCAAUAGACAGUUCACUUUGCUUUAAGCCCAACUUACGCAAUAUUUUCGUAGAAUAGUAAGCCAGUAUUAUCUAAGCUCGAUUUCUCCAAGCACAAAUGAGUUGAUGCCGCUUUUUAGUUUCUUUUAUCAUUUUUUCGGUUUAAUACUUUUUUCUUUUGAAAUCCAAACAUUUUUAUUCAUUUAUAUUUCUUUUUAUUUCAAUUUCUUUAUCUUUGAUUUUUUUAAUUAUAGUUUUACUUCUUUAAUGAAUUCUUACAAAUUUAAUUUUCAUCCACCGUUUGAUUGCAUUUUGAAAAAUGGCCUUUUGACGCAGUAAGUGUUUUGGAAAUCUACAUGAGCAGAUAGUACUAUCAACAAGUACCUGAUCUCUUACUGUACAAAAGUAUAUUAUUAGUUUCUUCGGACGUAAGGAAAAGUCGGAUAAUAGAUGUGCAGGAUGUCGCCUAAAUAUAGUGUAUAUAUGUAUGUAUUUCCAGAGGACAAACAAAUGUCUAUUUACAAUCAGUGUAAGAAAUAAUGUUUUUUCAUAGUUGUACGAGUAGUUCUUAAGGAAUAAAACGAAAUCAUGCAAAUCA